AUGGUGGCCGCCGAGCGGGGGUAUACGGCGAUCGUCGCGGCGCUCCUGGGGACGCACCGCGUGGAUGCGAGCAGGAAAGAUGUAGACGGAAACUCGCCGCUCCUGUGGGCGGCGCGGAAUGGUCACUAUUCCGUGGUGAAGCUGCUCUGCGCGGCAAGGCACGUCGACCCAAACGAUGCGGGGGCUGGUCGAUGCACGCCUCUCGCGUGGGCUUCGCGGAAUGGUCAUCUGGAAAUCGCCGAGUUUCUGCUCUCCGUUGACGGCGUGGACCCAGAUUCCAGGAGCUCGGAUGGACGAACGCCGCUUUUGUUAGCAGCCGAGUCGGGACAUGAGGCUGUCGUCGAAUUGCUGCUCACAAUGCCAGGUGUCGAUGCGACUUCC